GCAAUGGGUACCUAACCCGUAGCUGACGUAUUUUAUAUUUUUAAGAAAUAAAAAUUGUACAGAAAUAUUGUUUAAGUGAAAGUAUCUGUGUUUAUUUUUAUCGUAUAUUAUUUAAUAUCGUUCAUGAUUAAGAAAUAAUGUCCUUCGAGUACUUGCCCGUGGCCGAAGAUGAAAAUGAAGAACCCAUAGAACUUCCAAUCGAAGAAGAUGGUACAUUGAUGUUAACGACAGUAUCCGCGCAAUUUCCUAGUUGUUGUGGACUUAAGUAUCGACAUCCCGAGACAAAAACAUUUAGAGGUAUUCGAUUAAGGGAUGGCAGGCUUUUUCCACCUCCAGAAGGUUGGGGUAAUUACCUUUACAUUUGCAGUUUUCCAAAAGAAAAUAAACGAAAAUCAGGUGACAAUUCAGAACCUUCAUCGACCAAAAGCAAACGUAAUGAUAACCUGUGCUCUGACUUAAUUGUUUUGGGAUUACCAUGGAAAGCAACAGAACAAACUGUUCGUGAGUACUUCGAAAAGUUCGGCGAAGUUUUGAUGGCGCAACUAAAACGAGACCCUAAAACUGGUAUGUCUAAAGGUUUUGCAUUCAUCCGAUUUUCCUCAUAUACAACUCAAAUGAGAGUGUUAGCUCAGAGACAUAUGAUAGAUGGUCGUUGGUGUGAUGUACGGAUACCUAACUCAAAAGAAGGCUCCCUCAAUUCCAUGCCUUGUAAAGUUUUUGUUGGACGCUGUACUGAAGAUUUAUCAGCCAAUGAUUUAAGAGAAUAUUUCUCGCAAUUUGGAGAAGUAACUGAUGUUUUUAUUCCAAAGCCUUUUAGGGCAUUCAGUUUCAUUACAUUUUUGGAUCCAGAAGUUGCACAAAACUUAUGUGGUCAAGAUCAUAUCAUUAAAGGUGUGUCGGUAAAUGUGUCAAAUGCAUCACCAAAACAAAAUAAAAGUGGCUCCAACCAACGAAGUUUACCAAGUAGAACCUAUGACGAGGGGCAUCCACAUAAUACUACAAAUAACAACUCGUGGACUAGCCGUAAUAUGGAUAUGGUAAAUAUGCAAGCUUUAAGUUUGUCGGGACAACAUGGCCAAACUGCUGUGUCUGGAGGAGGUGGUCAGGGUCAAGGUGGUAGUAUGCCCCUGGGUAUGGGAGGCUUACCAGUAAACCAGGCACUUGUAGCUGCAGCUUUAAAUCAAGCAGGGUGGGGUUUAAUCAACAAUAUUCCAUCAGGAGGCUCUGAGCAAGGAGCUUUUGCAGGCCCAGCAUCAUCUGCUCCCCCUGCACCACCCAACUUUCUUUCAUGGAUGCAACAAGGUAAUUCUGCACAGGGACCUUCUAGUCAGUGGGGACAAAGACACCAAUCCCAAGGCCAUUCUGUUUGAUCCAGUGUCUGAUUUGAUAAGCUCACAAUAAUCUCUGUGAUUGUAGCAAGAAUUAGAUAAUUAUUAUUUGUCUUAACCUAUAAUACAAAUGGGUUGUUCUGUUGGUGAAGAGUGGUUUGCUACUGAUGUUAUUAAUUUAUUAUGGAAUUGCUUGUGUUUUGUUGUUUUUUUUAAUCUUAUUACACUAUUAUGCUAUUAAAUGUUUCGAAACAUUUGAAGCAGUAGCUAGAUGUAUGUAACAUAAUAUGAUUUACUGUUGGUGUGCUUUUCUAUUACAGAUAAUUUUUACUUUUAAUAAUAUUUAACCCACUAACUCUUUUAAAAACGAAAUAAUGCAGCAAGUAACAGCUUUAUGGUAAUUUCACACUACAAUAAGAGCAGCUGCUUGGCUUAUUGUAUUAAAUAUCACUUAAAUAUUUUAUCAUCAAUAACAAAAUUUAGGAGUAAUGCUACAUCAAAUUUAUAAAAUUUAGUAUUUUCAUUCUUUCUUUUAUAAAACACAAUCACAAUGCUGCCCAGCGCUGGUAUUUAUGGGGACAUUGGUUUAUAAGCUCUAAGAUGAUAAAAAACUUAUUUACCAACAUCCCACAUUAAGUUUUCUUUUGUGAUAAUAACCUAAAAUAUCCUUUUGUUUUUUAAUACCUAUUGUUGGAUAUAAUCUGCAUACAAGUAUUGUAACAAUCCAUUUAUAUUUCAAGUGUUAAGUAUAUUUUUGACAAUGUCUUUUGGGUUUACAUGUUUCUUCUAACAUAUUGGUUUUUUCAUAUUUAUUUUUUGAUAUAUAUAUAUAAUAUAAUUAAUCUUACACCCCAAAUAAGUUGUAACUUUAAUAGGUUAAGUGUACUGUGCUUUGUACAUUAUUAUGUACCUAUGUUUUUACAACAGAUUGUUGAAAGUUCAUACUUGUAUAGUGAAAGAUAGAGGUCUAUUGAUUGUUAUCAUUGUUUAUCAAAUAAUGUUGAUUAUUAUAAAUUUAUUGUGUGUUUCCUCAGGAUAUGUGCAAAUUUAUGGUAAAUGUCUAUUUUUGACAAAAUAAAUGGCUAGAUAUUUUUGUGACUAAGCAAUGUGGAAUUUUUCAUUGAAUGGGUACCUAGCAGUAGAUAAUAUAGUAAAUCCACUGGCGUAAUUAUGUAAUAAUAUGCAUGUAUAUUAUGUAGGACAGAUUUGAUAUGAUGUUGGUACAAAUUUUAAGACUGUAAAUAACUUUCAGCUUAUAUUUAACAAAAUAGAUUAUUAAAUGUCAAUAAAUAUUUUAACACUUA